GAUGUUACGAAAGGAGAUAGUUUACACAAUAACAUGCAGCAUUACCACGAACAGAUCUCCUUACAGGUAGAAGACACUUGCGAUCGGAUUCUCCCGCAUCCCGCUUACCGUUUGUGGAUGGCGAAAAGUAAUAUUGAGCAAGAUGCAAGGUGGCUCUGGAUACAUGCGUCUCCUCGACAUUGGAAUACAGUACUCUAUGCAAAAGCGGUCGAGUUUCUCCAGAGGGAUCAAUCAUUCCUAGUGGCGUACUCUUUUGCAUCAUCACAGGCCGAGCCUGGCGGACAUCCGCGUCUGAUUUUGCGAUCUUAAAUUGCCCAAGCUGCACGAUUCAAUCGGUAAGUUCUGCAUCCGAUCCGGGAGCGUAUGGAAGUCGGGUAACGAGCUAAUGAAUCUGCUGUCUGGGCUC